CCGUCUUAGUGUCACGGCCUUCCGUCCUUCCCCAACCUCCCCCAAAGCACAAUUUACCUGAUCAUCAACACUCUUGCUUGUAAUUAAUUCUCCUAGAGCAGUCAUUCCCCCAGCUCGACCCCCCAAUCUCCCACUCUCCAACCCACCCGUCGCAUUCCCGCCGGCGGUAGCUACAAUGGCCGACCUAUCGGCCUCCCAGUCGCAACACCUCUCUUCCGCAAUAACAACAUCACCACUUUCACCCUCCAAGAUCUGCUCCAAGACCUACAAAAAAGCAACUCACCUCUUUCUCACGCGACGGCUGCAAGAAGCGCUCGCCGCCUUGCAACCUGCCAUCACCACGCCGAGCGGCAAUGAUGAGCAAUUCCCCAAUGGCGACACCAGCCCUUCAGCACCGGCGGGACCGCCGCCCAUCGCCGCCGCCCAACCCACGUGGCGGAUCAAAGUAUGGAAUCUGUACAUCACGCUGCUGAGCGCGAUCGUCGAACUCGGCCCCGAAGAAGGCAAGAGUGUGUUUGGUCCGAAGGAAUGGAAAGCCAUGUCGUCCCAGGUCCGCGAGGGCCAUAUCUGGGAGACCGUCGUGCAGACCGGGUACCAGGGCCAUGAGGGCUCGGUCGACGCGGAAGUUGUAUAUAAUCUCGCCACCCUCCUCCUCCGCCACAUGCCCUCGCAGCAACUCAACCAACAACGACUGGAGACAUAUCUCUCCUCGUCCGGCCAACCUGACCUCAACAUCACGGAGCAGCAUCUACGGGACAAUUCCUCCUCCACGACGUCGCUGCAGCGAGCCAAUGGCGGCACCGAUACCCCCAAGGACCUGAACGCCCGGGUGCGGAUUAUCGAGCUGUUCACGUUGCAUGUGCUUCCCCGCAACGACGAGUGGGAGUAUGCUCAGGAGUUCAUUAGUCUGAGCGAGGUCCUCGACGACGAGCGGAAGGAUGUGUUCUUGCAGACACUAGAGGGGCUGAAAGAGGAGAAGCAGCAGGGCGAGCUGCGCGCUGCGGCGUUGCAACGGGAGAAAGAUGCGGAGCUGGAGAGGCAAGCGCGCGAAGCUGAGCGACGACGUCUGGAGGAGGACGCCGCCGCCGCUGCUGCUGCUGCCGCCACGGAACAGUCACAGCCCAAGGGCCACGGGCGGAGCAGCAGCGAGGUGGACUACGGGAUUGAGAAGACGUACCCGAACGGCAGCGUCAAGGGACGCGGGAAGAGCAGCAAUGGGAGGCAGGCUGCGACAGGCCGCACAGCCUUCUCGCCCUCGGGGUCGAAGAGCGUCAAGAAGACGGACAAGCCGGCUGAGGCGCGCGCCAAGCGGUCGCAGGCGUUGACGAACGUGGUGCGCAAUCUGAUGCGGUUUAUAGCGAAGAGCAUCGCGGGCAAUUCGCUCUCCGUGGCGCGGACGAUUCUGUUUCUGCUGGGGAUCUUGUUUGCGCUGAGCAGGCAGGAUAUCCGCGAGCGCGUCCGGAGGAUCACUGGGGCGGGGUGGCAGAAGGUCAAGGGGACUAUUGGGAUGGGGGUGAAAGUGAGCUAUAUCUGA